UAAUAAUAAUUCAAUCACUGCAAAAGUAAUUCUGUAUCUCUCAUCUUUCAAUCUUCACUUCUCUCUUUCUCUCAAAACACACCAAACCAACCAUUCAUUCAUUCAUUCAUAGUUUCAUUCAACAAAUCAAAUAAUAUCAAACAAAUAAAUGUCACCUAACAAUCCUUCCACGAUUGUUCCCGACGCGGUGGCUCGGCACUACACCCAUGUCGUGUCCCCGCACCAGUGCUGCUCCGCCGUGGUGCAGGAGAUCGCCGCCCCGGUCUCCACCGUGUGGUCCGUCGUGCGGCGCUUCGACAACCCGCAGGCCUACAAGCACUUCGUCAAGAGCUGCCACGUCAUCCUCGGCGACGGCGAUGUCGGGACCCUCCGCGAGGUCCGCGUGAUCUCCGGCCUCCCUGCCGCCGUCAGCACCGAGCGCCUCGACGUCCUCGACGACGAGCGCCACGUCAUCGGCUUCAGCAUGGUCGGCGGCGACCACCGCCUCUCCAACUACCGCUCCGUCACCAUCCUCCACCCCCGCUCCGCCACCGGCACCGUCGUCGUCGAGUCCUACGUCGUCGACGUCCCUGCCGGCAACACCACCGAGGACACUCGCGUCUUCGUCGACACCAUCCUCCGCUGCAACCUCCAAUCCCUCGCCAAAUUCGCCGAAAACCUAACCAACAAACUCCAUCAACGAUGAUUUCACAAAAACACUGUCCGUAUCUUUCUUUUUUAAUUUUUACCUUUUGUAAUUUAGCUAUUAAUUAGUUGUUGUGUACUUUUUGAUUAAUAUCACAAGGUUGUGUGAGUUUGUGACUUUGUGUCUGAGAGGAAAAACAAAAGGAGUCUCUUAAUUUUACCCUUGUGUGAUCGUUUUGUGUUUCUCUUUGUUGAGAAAGUGAACAUGAACCAAGGAUUUUAUGUAAUGUUGGUGUAAUCUUUGUUCUCAUUGUAGUAAUUUUCAUCUGCUCAAUACAAUUGUAGAAAUGUUUGUUUAUAAUCUUUAAUCAAUAAUCUUUGAAUGACUA